CCCGACUCUGCAGCUUGUGGAGUCGCUCUGACCAAGGGUGUUGAAUAUCUACUCAUGGGCAGACUGCAGUCUGAUGGAUCGCUGCACGUCCACCUGUGUGACAUCCAUCGGCCGUGGAAGGACUUGAGCAUCAUGCGAAAGCACCUGUUGUACCACUACGGAGAGGGAUGCGAUUGCACGAUCAAGUCCUGCAUCUCCUUCCCGUGCUGCAUGACCAGUCUGACGGAGUGCCUGUGGACAGACUUCCUGCCGGGCAAGUUGGGCAAUCGCGACCAGGCCCAAAACUAUGCUUGCGUCAAGAAAAGCGAUGGCUGUUGUGCUUGGGACAGGCCUGCUAUCUAUCAGCCAAAUGGAUACCCAACCCUGAAAAGCUAAUGAUGAAAAAUAAAAAAAACAUUAUCA